AUGUCGAUCCCCGACUGGGUCACCGCCCUCCUCCCCGCCAAGCUCGAGGGUCCCUCUCUUCUCUCCGCCGAGCGCUCCAACUCCUCCGUCGACCCGGCCGCCCUGGCCAAGCUGCUGCAUGGAGAGGACCAGCUCGCCCUCCGGGCACGCGUCGAGGCGAUUCUGCGGCAGGAGGGCUUCGACGCACAGCUCGCAGCGCUCCCCUCGCAAUCGCGGGUUGAGAAGAUGGAAUCCUCCCUCCGGCGGGGCAAGCACCUGAAGGCCCUGCGGAAGCAGCACAACUGGGACGAUGCAUCGUACACUGCGGCCAUUGGCGCCAGUGGCGAGAUGAACGUGUACGGGCUGCACGACAAGGCGUUCAUCAAGUGCCUGACCGACCAGACGACGGAUGAGCAGAAGAAGCUCUUCCUCGAGCCAGCUAAGGCUGACAAGAUCAUCGGGUGCUAUGCCCAGACGGAACUCAGUCAUGGAAGCAAUGUGCGCGGACUGGAGACGACGGCGACGUGGGACGAGAAGACGGGCGACUUUAUCAUCCACUCGCCCCAGCUCACUAGUGCCAAGUGGUGGAUUGGAACCCUCGGCCGGACCGCCAACUAUGCCCUCGUCAUGGCGCAGCUCAUCGUGAAGGGUAAGAAUCUCGGCCCGCACACGUUUGUCGUCCCCGUUCGCAGCCUCGAGAGAUGUCGGGGUGAAUGA